UUUCCAUAAUCCAUAUUCGUUUUGCUUUCAUUUUAUUCUUUCUUCAUUUCGCCACCACCACAUUUCUUCUCACUCUCAUACCUCUAUAUACAUUUUGUUCCUCAUUUCUGAAAAUCCUCUUUCUCUCUUUCUCUUUUAAUGGCUGAAUCUGAUCACCAACUCUCUAUUUUCCUCAUAACCGCCAUGGAUCAUAUUUGGUUUCACCAUAUCAUUCUCCUCUCAGAACCCACUUCACUUCUUGUCCCGAAAACACACUCACCAACACCAAACCCUUCUUUAUCAUCAGCGCCUUUAGAUAUUCAAGACCAAGAAAAAUCCUCAGCUUCAUCUCCGGUUUCGCCACUGGUCGAAGACUGUAACGAUGAAGCUAAAGAAAAGGAAGAGGAACUGAAAGAAAGACCAACGCGAUUGAAUAUCAUUGCAGGCAGAGCCCGCUCACACUCUUCUUCACCAUUAACUAAAAAACGUCCGAGAAAUUUAAGACGCUCGGGCUCAAUGAUUGUAGGGCAGAAGUGGAUGAGCUGUAGGAGCUUGUGGGAUCUGGAACUUGAAGAAGUGAAAGGGUUUAUGGAUCUUGGAUUCGUAUUCAAGAAAGAACAUUUAAACCCUCAAAUGAUUAGCGUUAUCCCUGGUUUGCAAAGAGUUGGAAGUUACAAAAAUAAACACAACAGUGAGAUUGGUAAAGAUGAUGAAAUUGAGCAAGCGGCAUAUGAACAUGAGAGAGGUAUCAUGAGACCAUAUUUAUCAGAGGCAUGGCUAAUAAAGAGACCCGAUUCACCACUUCUAAAUUUAAGAAUUCCAAGAGUCAUUGCAGCAGCUGAUAUGAAGAAACACUUAAAAUCCUGGGCCAAAACUGUUGCAUCAGAAGUUCAGCAAGCAUAUUAACAAUAGUUCACUUCACUGAACAACCGCUGCUGAGAGGGAAAAAUCAACAACCCAAUCUUGAGAAUAGAUUGACCACUGUAAAAAAAACAAUUAUAUAUGUUGAAUGAAUGCAUAAAUAAACCAAGGUUUUCCGAAAGUUCUUUAGUACUCACAGUUUCUUGUUUCUAGUAUAAGGUAAUAAAGUUUAUCAUAAAUUUGUCAAGUGUGGGAAUUCUUCAUUCUUGAAAGGACAAAGCCAAAGAAACAAUGCAACCAAUGAACAAGUGGCGGGUGUGAAACAGUUGUUGGCCUUUGCCUCUUAUGAUUAUUUAAUUUUUCUAUAUACUGGCGUAUAUAUGGA